UUUUGGGGGCUUCUUCUUUCUCUCGAAGGCGCAGAGAAGAGAAGCUGCGCUGCCAAUCGAUGGAGGAAGAGGAGGUGGAGGAGGACUCCCAGGCGGUCCCCAGCAUGGUCUUGGUCCUCUCUUCCCUCCUCGAGCGGGUGGUGGAGCGCAAUGAUGCGGCCGUCGCCGUCGGCCUCCGCCCCCUGCCGGAUCGGACGGCAGCCUUCCACAGCGUGCGGAAGCCGGACAUCUCGGCGCGCUGCUACCUGGAGCGCAUCUUCCGGUACGCCAACUGCAGCCCCUCCUGCUACGCCGUUGCCUACAUCUACCUCCUCCGCUUCCUCCACCGCCACCCUGCAGUCGCCCUCCACUCCUUAAACCUCCACCGCUUCCUCAUCGCCGCCGUCCUCGCAGCUGUUAAGUUCACCGAAGAUAUACACUACAACAAUGCUUACUUUGCCAAGCUUGGUGGAAUCAGCUUGAUCGAGAUGAACUACUUGGAAGUCGAUUUCUUGUUUGGCCUAGGCUUUGAAUUGAAUGUGACCCCUGCUACCUUCAGCUCCUACUGCUCAAUUCUCCAGAGAGAAUUUUACCUUGAAUCACCUCCUCUCUCGAAGCUGCACUGCUACAUCACAGAGGAAGAAUCCAACUGCUGCCAGCAGAAGCAUUCAGCAAGUUCUCAGCAGGUUUUUUUGGGCAUAUAGAUUACACUAAAUAGAUCGGCUGUUAGAUGACGAACAUACAGUCCUCGAGUCUUAGUCUAUCAAAUACGAAGCAAGUUAGAUCGACUUGUGUAUUUCGCUUUUCCUUAGCUAUAUAUUGAGUUUUGCAUAA